AUGUCUAAGCAGAGACGGCUCACAACCUCUCCUGUAGCAGCAGCUGCCCCAGAGGAUGACUGGGGUGUUUCCAAAGAUGAUCUCCAUGCAUCUCUCAUGGGUUCUCUCUUUUCAAGACCCUUUCAUGUGACAGACCCCGUGAUGAAUGCCCAGAGGCUGCACUGUACCACAUUGCUUAUUUUGUCAGAGCUGCCGUCUCUGCCAAAUGGUGGCCAGACACUCAGACAGCAGCUAUUUGGGUGUUUAGUCCUUUCAUCCUUCUGUGGCCUGGAUGGAUCAGGAGCCUCCAGAGUGACUCAUCUGGGUUAUGCCACAAGCCUUGGCUUCCUUCUCAGUCUCAGCAGGGAGCGACUCCACACGGUGGCGGAUCCCACAGGUCGUCAGUGUGUGUGGCCAGCUCCUGGCACAACUCAGACUCCAGGGGCAUUUGUAUGCUGCAACCAGACAUGGAUGAUGCAAAGAAAUGGUUCUCCUCUGAAGACCUUACAGACUGCAGGUGGUCAUCGGGGAAAAGGUAGAUUCCCAAAGCAGCUACUUGCCAUUAUUGGCAGCAACAAUCUGAAAAGCUCUGCAUUUUUCCCCUUGAUUUUGUCUCUGAUGGCAGAAAGACCCGACCAGACUGCAGCUUUGUUUGGCAUCAAACUUGCCUCCUGAGAUGAUCACACAAGAAGUCUUUUAUCACUUUGGCGGCUGAGAGCCAGAGCUGCUUGUGGUGGAAGUUGCUGGGACUGUAACCCCUGGUUGUCGUGGGAUGAGAGUCAAGCUUGGCCUGUCAGCAAGGCGAGUUGCAGCAGUCUGAGCCCCUGCCAGGACACGUCAGUACUCCUGAGCGUGCUUCCCCCGGUGCUGCUCUCAUUAAGGAAAAGGUAUGAAACCCACAUCUAAGUUGCACUAGUCCUUUAAAAAAAUGAAGUGUUGUCUAAAAUAAAAAUCCUGUCCAGAAUCAUGGUCUAAUUCCUUAGGAAGUCACUGUAAAUUGAACCUCCUCUGCUCUCACUGCCUAAAAACCUCUUAGUUUUCUUAUUGAUGUAGUUCAACUUCUGUGCUAUUGGCACAGUGUUAUCCUCAGCGCUGUCACCUCUGCUUAAUGCCCAGGUUUGUGUCGAGGAGGGGGGGUCCUGCUGAACUCCUCAGGCAUCAGCAGGUGUCCAAGGCUGCAGUCACCCUUCCUCACAGCUUCCCCAGUUCAUUUCGUAACAUACUUACCACAUCUUGAGGACGAGAUGCUGACACAGCCAGAGAAGUACUGCCAUCAGCUGCAUUUCCCAGGAGUGAAGAAGUUGUUUCCUUUUCUCAGUCAUUUUUGCUGAAGAAAUAAUU